ACACACAAAAAAGGCUUCAGCCGGUUCUAGACGGACGAGAUAUAGAAGCAUCCAGUAACCGGAGUGCGGACUUUCCGCCUGUUCAGUCGACUAUUAUUGCGAGUCGUGGACGCCCACACGGUCGCUGUUCUCUUGCGAACGAAAACAACAGAAUCAGUGCUUCAUUUUCCAUUGAUUGAAAAAGAAAACACUUGAACAUCUUCUCUCAAGUUUCGGUCGUCUUUCUUUUUUUUUUAAUUGUCUCCGAUCCGAUUUCUCUUUUGAAAACCCAAAUCGUGAUUUUGUUUCGUGGCGUGCCUUCACGUCGUCCUUUUCUUUUCGUUGUUCACUCACUCUCAGCAGCGAUCUUCGAGAGCUUUCAUUCAAUUAAUGGCCGUCAUGAGUGUCGGCGAGUUGAGCGUGACCCUGCAACGCGAUGGAUGCAAGGAACCAUUCGGCUUCCGUCUCCGAGGAGGCACCGAUAUCCGAGAGGCUUUCAUCAUCAAAAGGGUGGCUGUGGGUAGCGAACUGCGCCGGGGUGAUGUUUUGACGAAAAUCAACGGUCAUCCUUGCUCCAUGAUGACUCAUCGUGAAGCUGCUGAAAUGAUUAAGAAUGCCGGCACUACAAUCAACGUCUGCGUUCACCGAGCUGGCCUGCCUCUUGCGCAACAGCCACGCCCGGUCGCUUCGGCUCCCGUUGUUGAACCAGCCGCCGUUAGUCAAAAAGCGCCGACUCUACCGGGAGUUUCAAAUACUCGGAAAAUUUCCGAGAUUAUGCUAAGUCCUGUUGAAAAUCUUCCCGUCACUGUGUUCCCAAGUUCAGCAAUCAACGAAUUCAACAAACAAGUAGAAGAGAUGGAUCGCGACCGCGAAAGAAUCGUCGUCACGCACCAGCCGUACAGGACGACCCCGCUGGUACUGCCUGGUGCGAAAGCUGGACGUGACAAUGCCACUGCGACGCAGAGCUAUUUGGCACUGCAAACGCAACAGAAUGCUAUGCUGUGGAACACUCCCGGAGCUCCGUUUCAGUCGCAAUCCAGCGCCCAUUCGUCCUCUAACGACGCCGUCCUCAAGCAAAAGGAUCAGGAAUAUAAGGCGAUAUUUGAAAAGGUGUUUGAACCGACCAAAGGCUGGCGUGUGGAUAACGAACAUCAGUUGGAGGCUGCUGCCGCCAUGGUACAGAGGAAAAUGGCUGCUGUUAACGAACCGGCCGGCCAGACUGCCGUGAUUCACGAAGCUGGUGAUGCCCCACCUAAACAAGAAUUGGUGCAUAAGCAGUUUAAUUCACCUCUAGGCCUUUACUCGAAUGAGAAUGUCCAGGAGGUACUGGCCCAACAGACCGGAAUCAUCCCGCCCAAUCCUGCUCGUAAAUUGGAUAUGAAGAAUUCAGAAACAUUACGCGCGUUGAUGGAAGAGAACGAGAAGAACAACAAGGCAUCAGCCGUUCGUGACAGUCGCGGACUUAAAGAAGUUCGACCGGCUGCUCCCGUCAAAACGGUCGCUUCCAAUCCUCACUUCAAGGUCAAUGUGAUGGGCUUGGAGAAAGAAAAGAUCCAGCAAAGCUACAGCUUUAAACGAUUGAUGGCUGAUGUGCUGGGCGAGACGGAUUUUUAAAAGGACGUAAGGAUGCAGAAUUAAACGUGUAACACGCACCUACAUACGAAAUUGGAGAGAGUUUAAUUUUAAAACAUUGGUGCUAACGUCUCCCCAAAAAUUUCAAUUCGACGACAUGGAUGAUGAUUGAUGACGGACGAUGACGAGGAGCAUCGCGUUUUUCAUUUUUGAUCAAAAAAGAAAACUUCUAUUAAUGAAAGUCAUGUGUAUCUUGCCGCUUCUCAUAAUUAUCUGCAGUAUAUGUAAUAAGAACAACCAGAAAAAACCUAAAAAAAAAAGAAAACCUUUCACCUUGUGGCCACCCACUGCCCACCCUUUUCUUCUAUCACUCGUUACACGACAGCAAGAUCAUUCUAACUAAUUAACAAAUAAUCAAUUAAUGAAAUUCAUUCACCUGUCGCAAUAUUUUGUGCCAGUAGGAAACAACAGAAAAGUCUUUUAUUAUAUUGUUAUUCAUUCAACCUAUAUUUGUAUCAUUUCUCUUAUCACUGUAAAAAGAUACGGUUAGUGGCUUU